AGCCCCGGGCAGGCAGAGCUGCAGCCCGGGGAGCGCAAUCUGUGGCCUUAAUCCCGGCGUGUCCUGCGCGCUCUCAAAUCCCCUUCACUUCAACGAGCGCUUGUGGAGCCGGGCCUGCGCCGGGCGAGACGGCACGCGGGGCUGGCGGGGAGGAUUUGCUCAAGAGGCGCUGGUUUUAAGACCACUCGAGCGAGUUCGCUGGGCAGGAGAGAGGGGGAAAAAAAAAAAAAUAAAACCCAACCAAUACGCGCACACGCAUUUUUUGUAAAGGGAAUCCCUCUUUUUCUCCUGGAUUUGUGGAUGCACCGAUGAGAGAUCCAGCCUUCCCAGGGACUGCCAUGGCUUACCACCCCUUCCACGCACCCCGGCCGGCUGACUUCCCCAUGUCCGCUUUCCUCGCAGCCGCCCAGCCGUCCUUUUUCCCGGCUCUGGCUCUGCCUCCGGCGGCGUUGGCGAAGCCCAUGCCGGACCCGGGGCUGGCCGGGGCGGCCGAGGCCGGGCUGCACGUCUCGGCCCUGGGACACCACCACCAAGCCGCCCAUCUGCGCUCGCUCAAAAGCCUGGAGCCCGAGGAGGAGGUCGAGGACGACCCCAAAGUAACUCUGGAAGCCAAAGAGCUCUGGGACCAGUUUCACAAGCUGGGCACCGAGAUGGUGAUCACCAAGUCAGGGAGGAGGAUGUUCCCCCCGUUCAAGGUGCGGGUGAGCGGCCUGGACAAGAAGGCCAAGUACAUUUUGCUGAUGGAUAUAGUGGCGGCCGACGAUUGCCGGUACAAAUUCCACAACUCCCGCUGGAUGGUGGCCGGCAAGGCCGACCCGGAGAUGCCCAAGCGCAUGUACAUCCACCCCGACAGCCCGGCCACGGGGGAGCAGUGGAUGGCCAAACCUGUUGCCUUUCACAAGCUCAAGCUCACCAACAACAUCUCGGAUAAGCACGGCUUUACCAUCCUGAACUCCAUGCACAAGUACCAGCCCAGGUUCCACAUCGUCCGGGCCAACGACAUCCUCAAGCUGCCCUACAGCACCUUCCGCACCUACGUGUUCCCCGAGACCGACUUCAUCGCCGUCACUGCCUACCAGAACGACAAGAUCACGCAGCUGAAAAUCGAUAACAACCCCUUCGCCAAGGGCUUUCGGGACACGGGCAAUGGCCGGAGGGAGAAGAGGAAGCAGCUCUCCCUGCCGUCCCUGCGGAUGUACGAGGAGCCCUGCAAGCCCGACCGCGACGGCGGCGAGUCGGACGCCUCCUCCUGCGAGCCCUCGGCCGUGCGUGACGCCCUGCACUCGCCCGUGGGUGCUCUCCCCAGCCCCCUGCGCCUCAAAGGCAGCGGCAGAGAGGAGAAGCCGGGGGCCGACAGCGACGCCGAGGUGGAGAAGGUGCCCGAGGAGCGGCCAGUGGCAGCAGCCAGCCCCAGCGCCGAGGACGCGACGCCCCGCGCCAGCCCCCGGUGCCCGGAGGAACGGAGCAAGGAGAGGCACAGCCCGGAGAAAGCCAAGGACGGCGCAUCCCCCCGGGAGGCUCCCGGCGAGGGCCUGUUCGGCGCACGGGGCCUGGAGAAGGACAAGGCGGAAGGACGGAGGAAAGAGACGGAGCCGGGCAAGAAGGACGCGGAGGGCGGCGGGCUGGGCAAGGAGGCCUUCGCCCCGCUGAUGGUGCACACGGACAGCCCCCCGCACCUGAGCGCCGGGCACCUGCAGAGCCUGGCGCUCUCCGGCCUGCACGGGCAGCAGUUCUUCAGCCCGCUGGGCGCCGGGCAGCCCCUCUUCAUCCACCCGGGACAGUUCGCCAUGGCCCCCGGCGCCUUCUCGGCCAUGGGCAUGGGACACUUGCUGGCUUCCGUGACCGGCGGGGGCAGCCUGGAGAACGGAGCCCUCUCGUCCGCCCCGGGCGCGGCAGGGACGGCCACCCCCUUCCCUUUCCACCUCUCCCAGCACAUGUUGGCCUCUCAGGGAAUCCCGAUGCCCACCUUCGGCGGACUCUUCCCCUACCCCUACACCUACAUGGCAGCGGCCGCCGCGGCCGCCUCGGCCAUGCCGGCCACCAGCGCGGCCGCCGCCGGGCCGCUGUCCCGCAACCCCUUCCUGGGCAGCAGCCGGCCCCGCCUGCGCUUCAGCCCCUACCAGCUCCCGGUCACCAUCCCGCCCAGCACCAACCUGCUGACCACCGGCCUGCCCGCCAGCCUCAACCCCGGCUCCGAGGGCUCCAAGGCCGGCAGCAGCCGGGAAUCCAGCCCCCUGCCCGAGGUGCCCCUGCACAAGGCGGGCAGCCAGCGCCCCGCCGCCUCGCCCAAGGGCUCCCUGAAGGAGUCCCUCAAUGAACUGCAGAACAUCCAGAGACUGGUGAGCGGGCUGGAGAGCCAGCGGGAGCUGUCGCCCGGCAGGGAGUCCCCGAAGUGAGCGGCGGGGCGGGCAGCGAGCCCUCCCGGCGGCGCGGAGAAGCACUGGUAUUUUGUACAGCACAGUAUAAAUAUUUAUUGCGGAGCGAGGGGUGGGAGCAGACGGGGAGCGGGGUGCUGGAGCAGAGGGACGGACCCCGAGGGCCGUGAGGAGCCGCAGCCCCAGAGCCAGGAGGGAGCAGCUGGAGCGCAGGGCUCGCCCAGCCCUUCGGCUGUGGGGCUGGGAGAGGCUCCCCCCGGUCCAGCGAGCCCCCAGGACCCCCCCAGUUCCCCGCUCCGGGCACUGGGCAGCUCGGGGCAGGGUGAUGAGCCGGUGCCCAGACACCUGAUGGACGGGGCGGUGAGAGGGGCUGAACCCUCACCUGUGCAAGGGGAGGGGGAAGGAGAAAAAAAAAAAUUAAAAAGAUUAAAAAUAAAUAAAUAAAAUAGAGAGAGAUAAGAAACGGAAGAUGGAAACCAAACCGCCUCGGCAGCCGCCACCGCGCAGAGCGAGCACGGCAGGGGAAGCGUCGUGGGUACCUGGGCAGAUAUUUAUGAAAUAAAUGGUAAUUUGUGUAAAUAAGCUAUAAGGAUCCCAGAAUAUGCAAAUUGGUAUUAAUUUAUUCAGAGUUGUACAUUGGUGUGUACAUAAUAUUUAGAGUUUAACUCCUCGCAUUUAAGUUUUUUUCUCUUUUGGUUUUUUUUUUUGGGUUGUUUUUUUUUUUUUUUUCAUUUUACAUGAACAUAUAUAUUGUAAAUGAAAACUAUUUAGCUCUUUGUGAUUGAAGGAGAUAUCGGUUUCUCUGUGUUUUAAAAUAUUGUUUAUCCCGCCUGUUCUCUAGGACAAUCAUGUGCCACUGAUAAAACAAUUUUUGGAGUCAUUAAAACUAAGAUUUCAAUCCUUAAACGGACUUUUGCAAGGAAAAUAAAAAACCAAACUAACUAAUCCAAAACGUAACUAAAAUGUUGCUACAGUGUGGGGUAUAGAGAAUGCAGGAACAAACCUCAGGUUUUUAUUUUUCACUCCAGGACAAAAGGAAAAAAAAAAAAAAAAAAGAACUAUAAUAAAUUUAAAUAUCACAGGACUGUGCUCUAUAUUUGUUUUAAAAUA